CCCAAGACCCAGGUGUAACUUCGUUUUAUUUACAAAAAAAACCAUUGUGAUUUCUACUGGUAUUGUUUUGGACUUUCGCAACCCUCAAUUACAUUUCACAUCUCUCCUUAGUCUCGACAUUCAUCAAUUCCAGAUUUUCUUACAACAAUUUCUGAUUUCCAGCAUCAAAUUAUCUUCUCCAAAUUCGAGAAGCAGAUAAAAGAAAUAAAAUUCAAGUAAUAAUACAACAACGGAAACUUGGAUCUUCCAGAAAUUUGAAGAUUUUGGUGGUUUCAAGGAGUUUGCAGUCGCAAUUGAGGAUAAUUUGAGCUCGGGAUGGGACUUUUUGAUGGACUCCCUGUCCCAUCUGAUAAAGCUCAUUUGAGAGAGGAUUUAGCAAGAAUAGAUGAAAGCUGGGCUGCGGCGCGCUUUGAUUCGUUGCCUCAUGUGGUCCGGUUGUUGACUGCAAAAGAUGAAUUGCAAGCCCUGAAAGAGCAGAGUGAGGUUAUUGAGGAUGUUGUGGAUGAAGUUGUCCAUGCCUAUCACAGUGGUUUUAAUAGAGCUAUUCAGAAUUAUUCCCAGAUUUUGCGGUUAUUUAGUGAAUCUGCGGAUAGCAUUUCUGUCUUAAAGGUUGAUUUGGCCGAGGCAAAGAAACGACUGGGUGCUCGUAACAAGCAGUUGCAUCAGUUCUGGUACCGGUCUGUUACGCUACGCCAUAUUAUCUCCCUUUUAGAUCAGAUUGAGGGUAUAUCUAAGGUUCCGGCCCGCAUGGAGAAACUUAUUGCUGAGAAGCAGUUCUAUGCUGCAGUCCAACUGCAUGUUCAAUCCACAUUGAUGCUCGAGAGAGAGGGUCUGCAAACGGUUGGCGCUCUUCAAGAUGUUAAAUCUGAGUUAACCAAGUUGCGUGGAGUUCUUUUCUACAAGGUUUUGGAAGACUUGCAUGCCCACCUUUAUAAUAAAGGUGAUUAUAGCUCUGUCUCUACAAGUUUACUUGAAAGGGAUGAUGAAGUUACCAUGUCAGCAACUUUUUCAUUGUCAAUGAGUAUUUCGCAACCCGCAUCUCGUCGUACAAGAUCACCAAAGACUGAUAACCAAGUUGAUGAAGGUUCUUUUGAUGGGCACGGUGAAGAGGAUGGAUUGAGAGGUGAAGAAGCUGAUGGUUAUGUCAGGACCAAUGGUGGUGAUUAUGGUCUUAAAAAGGGUGGAAUAAUUACUAAUCGGCUUCCACCAUGGCUUUCAUCAGCUACACCUGAUGAGUUUCUCGAAGCUGUGCGAAAGAGUGAUGCUCCUCUACAUGUGAAGUACCUGCAGACCAUGGUAGAAUGCAUGUGCAAGCUUGGCAAGGUUGCCGCCGCCGGUGCUAUCAUAUGCCAGAGAUUAAGAUCUACUAUUCAUGAGAUCAUUUCCUCUAAGAUAAAAGCUCACGCCGAAAACAUGAGCUCAUCCAGGCCUGGAAGUGGUCUGACAGCAUAUUCUUCCACUCUACAAACUUUAAAGGGGCAGCUGGAGACAUAUCAGUUAUCCAAACAGAAACGUGCGAAUGGGUUGUCGCUAAGCGGAACAUUGUUAGCUGUUAGCCCUGUGACGCCAGUGAUGGCACCGAUGGGGACAGCACAGGCUGCUGCAAGAGAACUUCUGAACUCAAUUCUUGAUGCAAUCAUUAAAAUAUUUGAGAAUCAUGUUGUUGUUGGAGAGCUUCUCGAAGAAAAAGCCAGUCAACAAGUUGAAAUCAAUACACCCAGGUCUUUGGUAGAUGUAGGCUCAAACUCUGAAUCUGAGGUUACCGGUGGCUACAAUAUUGGGUUUUCUCUGACAGUUUUACAGAGUGAAUGCCAACAACUAAUAUGUGAGAUUCUGCGAGCAACACCUGAAGCUGCGUCAGCUGAUGCUGCAGUGCAAACAGCUAGACUUGCAGGCAAGGUUCCUUCGAAAGAAAAGAGGGAUGGGUCAGACGAUGGUCUCACAUUUGCUUUUCGCUUUUCAGAUGCUACAAUGGUCAUUCCUAACCAAGUCCAAAGUUGGAAUAAGAAGGCCCAAGGCUUAUUACAAGAGGGUUAUGGGUCUGCAUCUGUCUUACCCGAGGAAGGAAUUUAUCUAGCAGCUGCUGUUUAUCGUCCUGUUCUUCAGUUUACAGAUAAGGUUGCUUCAAUGUUGCCAGAGAAGUAUAUUCAGCCUGGAAAUGAUGGAUUGCUAGCUUUUGUUGAGAAUUUUGUGAAGGACCACUUUUUGCCUACAAUGUUCGUGGAUUACCGAAAAAGUGUACAGCAGGCUAUAUCAAGUCCAGCUGCAUUUCGUCCUCGCGCACAUGCUGCUGCUUCUUACACUCCAUCUGUUGAGAAGGGUCGACCAGUCCUGCAGGGUCUUUUGGCUAUAGAUCUCUUGGCAAAGGAGGUGCUUGGGUGGGCUCAGGCUAUGCCAAAGUUUGCAGCGGAGUUUGUCAAAUACGUUCAAACUUUUCUGGAACGAGCAUAUGAAAGAUGUCGUACUUCGUACAUGGAGGCAGUUCUUGAGAAACAGAGUUACAUGCUGAUCGGCAGGCACGAUAUUGAAAGCUUGAUGAAGCUUGAUCCUGCUAGUUCAUGCCUACAGAACUGUCUAAGUGAUAAUCCUUCUGAUGCUUAUGGGAUUGAAGUCGAAAAACAGAUGAGUGAAUUGCUACUUGGCUUGCGACCAAUCAAACAGGAAUAUCUAAUUCGUGAUGAUAAUAAACUUAUUUUAUUGGCAUCUUUAAGUGAUUCACUGGAGUAUGUUGCAGAUUCUAUUGAAAGACUUGGAGAAACAUUCUCCAUGGCAUGUAAUCAAGUGGAAGAGAAGGGCAGGAACCAGAGAACACCACGCCGUAGUGAAGUCAGUAGCAGUCCGUCAAAGGAUCUGGCAUCAUUUGCUGAUGAUUAUAGAAAACUGGCUAUUGAUUGCCUCAAAGUCUUGCGUGUAGAAAUGCAAUUGGAGACUGUCUUCCAUAUGCAGGAGAUGACAAGCAGAGAAUAUCUGGAUGACCUAGAUGCAGAAGAACCUGAUGAUUUUAUUAUUUCCCUCACUGCACAGAUAACACGCAGAGAUGAAGCAAUUGCUUCUUUUGUCUCGGGGAUAAAGCAGAAUUACAUUUUUGGUGGAAUAUGUGGCGUUGCAGCUAACACUUCAAUCAAGGUUUUGGCCGAUAUGAAAUCAAUUAACCUUUUUGGAGUCCAACAGAUUUGCCGCAAUUCGAUUGCCUUGGAGCAGGCUCUAGCUGCUAUACCAUCAAUUGACAGUGAGGCUGUGCAAUUAAGAUUGGACCGUGUGCGGACUUACUUCGAGCUCCUAAACAUGCCAUUUGAGGCUUUGCUUGCUUUUAUCACAGAGCACGAGGACUUGUUUACUCCAGAGGAGUACGCUAAUCUUUUAAAGAUCCAGGUCCCGGGGAGGGAAAUUCCUGCUGAUGCAUUGGAUAGAGUAUCAGACAUUUUACGCUAGACAUCAGCAGAUUUUAUUAAAAUGGACUGCCUGCUUGAAAAGCGGCAACUGUAAUUGGGAUUUCUGGUACUUCAUGAAUAACCGCAUCCCUUUUGCAAAGAAAAUACUUGGAAGUCCACAAUAGCAAGCAUGGAUGUUGCCGGUUGUAAAUUUUGGCGUCAGAAACAAGUGGGGUUAUAUUUGCCUUCUGUUGAUAGGUGUAUAAAUCUACUCUCUACCAAAGUUGAGGUUAUGCCUUUUUUCUUACCAUUCAUUGUCCAAACGUUCUGAGUGAUCUUUGAAAGCUUUCUUGAAAAUUGGUGUUGCUUGUUGCUCGAGUUUUGUAAUGAGCACGUAUGUAAAUCAUGUCUUGUGGCUGGAACAGCGUAGCUUUGAGAUCUCUCUCUUCAUUUUUUUUUGUUUUUUUUUUGGAGGGGGAGGGGGGGGGGGGGGGGGUUGGCGGUGAUCAGUGGGCACUUCUAUCAAUCUAUGGAGGUUCACAGGCCAAGGAAAAAGCCUUGUAAUUAGUGGCCAUUGAUGCAUCAUGUUUGUGUUUAGACUUAGAUAGAUAGGAUGUAUCCACCUGUUUAUUUGGGUUUUCAGAUUGGCAUUAUUCUUUUAUAUAUAAAUCUGUUUGAUUCAUAUUUAA